AUGAAAUAUUUGCUUCUCGGAAACUUCGAAAGUAAAAAAAAUAUUGACAUGAGCUGUGAUACUAGUAUAUUUUUAAAUAAGGAAGCUAAAAUGUUCGUAGCUAAUACGCGUUUUCCAAAUCUCCGUUUAAAAAAUUCCAAGAGAUAUCGGAGUGCUUUUACUACAGAGCAAAUUAAUUACUUAGAAAACGAAUAUAAAAAGUUUCCGUAUAUUAAAAACACAAAUCGUAAAGAAGUUGCUAAUAAAUUAAAAAUUUCUGAAAAAGCAGUCAAGAUAUGGUUUCAGAAUCGUCGGAUGAAAGAGAAGAGAGAAGUUAUUGGUAAUAAGGAACUGCAUAUAGAAGACGAAAACAACAUUUAUAAUACUUUUUCCAAGGAGUUAUUAAAUGGAUGCAAUAUGCCAACAAAUAAUUUUGUUGGUGAUAGUGAAGCAUUACUAUCAAAUCAAACGGAGAAAUCAAAAGUAUCAACUAUAAAAAAACCGAAGGAUCAUUAUCAAAUAAGGGUAACAGCUUUUAUAAAUGACAAAAUAUCUAAUAAUAAGCAUAACAGAACAAUGGAUUUGACAAAAGACAAAAUAAAUUUAAAUAUAUUAAAGUCUACUAUACCAUCAAAAUUAAAAAGUGAGACCACAAAAUUGCUAACACAACCUCUAAAAAUUACUCGUAGAAAUAAACAUUUUAAUGAUGUAAGUAAAGAGCAUAAUCAAAAAAGUACUCCGAUACAUUGUUUUAAUAAAAAAGAAACUGAAGUUGGACAAGAUCUAAUAAUGAGUAAUAUACAUAAGAAAGAGCAUCAACAAUGUUAUUCACUUAAUUCAAACAUUGAUCAAAGAUUUAUGUCACUUUACACGCAAGGUUAUUAUGCAUCUCCACAUUUAUCAGCUUCAUCAACAAUUAAUUCUAGCAAUAUUAUCUGGAAGCCUGUCAACGUGAUGCCAAUGCCGAUACCUGGAGUAGCGACAUGUUCACCAUUUUCAAUUACCCAUAACUGCUCUGGAAUGUCCUCAAACAAUCAAGACGUUUCAAUAGGAACUUGCAGUUCCCAGGGUUUUCCGCAUUGGCUUAACGGGCGAUCACAGUGUCUCGCAAGUUCGCAGUCUAUACUUGCGUUUAGUAAUUCAUCGAAUAAGAUUUAA